UGCAACAUCGAGAAAGUGAGCAUGAGGGAUAUAUAAACAUAAAUAUCAGCUGCAUUAGUAGCAAGUUUCGCACUCAUGUGACCUUCUUUGCUGACCCGAUAAGUGCCCGUGCCAACGAGUAUAUAAAAAAGUGCUUCGUUUCGUACAACCAGCGAACCAUAUUUGCAUCCAUGUUCAACAAUGGAUCGCAACAAGCAUUGUCGCAUUUCCACCAAAUAGUUCCUGCUCUCAGCAAUCCUCACCACACCUCGCCGCACCGUGAACGGAAUGAAAAGCUCAUGCAGCGAUUUACUACUAAGAAGAGAAUUCUCGAGCGAACAAAGGCGAACCUGAAUACGUUCGUGGUUCAAAGCCAGCCAGUCAUGGUGGUGGCGGCAGCGGCGAUGAGGCGGUAGAACCCGCGGCCUUAGAUUCAUGUUCGUACGUGAUCAAUUGUGGUAAUUUUUAGAAAAUUUAUUCCUACUACUUCUGGUUCCGGCAUUUCGGCAACCGAAGCCAACCGGGACGGGACGUGUGCAACAGCUUUCGAACGCACGGCAAGUUUCCUUCACUCCUGCUACUGCUUCUGCUGCUGCUGCUGCUGCUUGUAAGCAGUUAUUGUUGUUCCUUCCGGAUCUUCUCGGUUGUGGUACCUUACAUGCGAUAUUUCGCCACCCCCAAUCCUCUUCACCAGCAACGCCAAGGGAACGUGAAGUGGCGUUCGGUAAAUGCACGUUUUCGUUUAGCGAAGUCGAGUCUCGGUUCAAGGGAAUGGAAAUUGUUGCAAAUGUUGGCUGGAAAAUGAAGGAAAAGAAAAUUUCACGGGGUCGCAAGGUUAAGUGAUUUCGGAUUUCGAACAGCUCCAUCACGACCGAAUGAAAAGUGAAUGGAAACCAAGAAUAUAUGUAAUAAAUCAAGUGGGUGUAUUGUUUAGGCGAAAGAAAUUUUACCCUUCGUGAUAAUACCAUUUUUAAUAUUGAAACGAUGCCGAUAUUGUUCUUAAAUAAACUGGUUUUGGCAUGAAGAGGCAUGGUCACGGUUUUGUCAAAAACCAAGCUGCUCCAUCGGGUUGAAAAAUGUCCUACCCUUUUCUGCAUCGAAGAUCCGAAAUAUCUUUUCAAAACGGGGCUCAGAUUUAUGGGAGAUCAAAUCGACCUGUUUUUUUUGUUUGAUCCUUCUUGAACACUGAACAAAACUAUGGCAGCUCGUUUGGAUCGCACCCGAAAGGGCCGUUUGAACUUUCGCUGCACAACCUUUCUCAUACACACACACACCCAGUUUCCCUUUGGCGUCGUCGUCGUCGUCUAGUUGGUAGAAUAUGAAAGUUCGGGUGCUUUUCCGUUACUGCGGUCGGUCGGUGUCUCUUUCCUCGUAAGCCCCGGUCUUAGCUUUCGGGUCGGCAGAAAGGGGUUUGUUUGCAAAUAGCAUCAAUAGCCUUCAGCGGAAGCAGCAAACAGCACGAGGCAAAAAGUGAGCUUAACAGCGAAGAAGACGGAGUCGAAACCUGCAACCAACCGAACGACCGCGGCAAAAUCAGGACGACCAAGACCGAGACCAAGACGGUGACGUUUCUGUGCUGUUGGAAGUGAAUGAUUGGAUAAUUGGCGUCAGUAAAAUUAAUUGUGGUGUGUUCACGGCCGGUGGACGGUUUCUGGAAACGAGACGAGACCGGCAAAGUGUUUUUAAUGUGAUUUACCAUCAAAAGUAGCACAAAGUUGCCAGUGAUCGUGUGUGUUGGUGUGCCUGUGUGUGUGCGUCGGGGGUCGAUGUCACAGUUCGGUCCGAAGCAUCUAAUUGAUGUAAAUGAGGUUGGACAAUAUAGCAUAGCGUUUCUUGCUCGAGGUCACCCCUGGUCGGCAUGACGUAACUGCUGGGAAAACUCGCCGAGAAGCACGGAGUAACCACCCGCGAAAACAGCAAAACCACUGCCCCGAGCGAAGCGACCACACAAAUUGAAACACACGAACCCUCGAACAUCAAAAGCGACCCAAAAGGCAGCUAACCGGCAAUCGGGCAGUGAAGUAAAUUUCGGUGAAUAAUGAGUACGCAGUCCUGGACUAAAUGGUUUUCCAGUCGAGUCUUUCUUCCGUUGGCCUCCGUCGCUGCAAUAAAUAAAUUACUUACGGGUUGAGCGGCGUAAAGCAUUUGACGACCCCAUUUGGCACAACUCGCGUCCCAUCGGAGCAGCGCCGUUGGAAAAGAGUGCAGCAAAAAAAACCGGCAUAAUAAAAAUACUAACUCAAAGAUCUGCGUGAGAAAGAUAACAAGGUGGAAGUUGGACUGCCGUUCGUUUCUGCACCAUCUCACACACACACAGACACACACUGACCGGGAGACGUCCAAGCUGCUUGCUUAGCAUAUGCAAAGAGAAAAGGACACCAACUGGACCAGCCCUGGCCGCUUGCCGCCGAGCCCUACAGCAGAUACCGGUGAUAUUGAAUAUUUAAAUUCAGAACCGUGAAAUUGAAAGUGAGUCUCGCUCGUCAGAAGCACGUUCCGGGCAGCGAAGGAAAAACUGAGCUAAAGAAAUUUAAUAACUGUGCUUUCGUGAUUUCGGUUGUUUGUUUUUUCCUGAUUCUUGGCAUAUUUUAUCUCCGAACUUGAGGAAACUGUGAGGCGGUUCGAGCCAAGCCAUCCCGAAAAGUUUAGUGUGAAAAUCGAGGACAUUAUUUUUUUCAAGAUGGUCGCCAGUUUAGGCGUUUCUAGUUGAAUACCCACCGGGCGGCAAAACCGUGCAGUAAAUCUUGUUCCCACCAGUUCCCAGUUCAAAGCCCAGCGACCACUCCGUACCGAAAGGCUGUAGAAAGGCGCAAACGAGCGAUAACCUGACGUGACCAUGACAGCGGCGUCGUCAGCAUCACCGUCUUCAUCGUCACCAUCUCGCAAGGUGUCCGCCCUGACGACAGUCUGCCCCUCGUGGCGGACCUUGCUUGGCGGCCUUCUGGUGCUCUUGAUCUGCAUACCGGAGCGGAUAAUUGGAUUCUGUCCGUCACUGUGUACCUGCGAGGCCGACCGCAACCUCCGGACGUCGUGCAUCAACGCAUCCCUGGAGGUCGUCCCGAUCCAGCUUAAUCCGGACGUGCGACACAUCAACCUAAGCUCGAACGCGAUUACCAAUGUGCACUUUACGCUUGGAUUCUACUACCAGCUGGAGGUGCUGGACAUUUCCCACAACCGAUUGGACACCCUCGGGUCGAGAAACUUCGAGGCUCAGGCCAAACUGAGGACACUGAAUCUGAGCUACAACUUGCUCAGCAAUCUACUGAAGGAUAGUUUCAAGGGAUUGCAGAUGUUGGAGACUCUGCUACUGAAUGACAAUCGGAUAGAGAAGAUUCAUCCCACCGCAUUCCAUGGUUUGGCCAGUUUGCUAGAUCUGGAUCUGACAAACAAUCAAAUCGUCAGCUUGGACGAGGAUGUCUUUCGGUCACUCAGUACACUGGAGACCCUUUCGCUUAGAAAUAAUCAGCUUCUGGAAGUGCCAUACGAUGCCAAUCUGCAGUUUUUGCGAUCCCUGCGUCACCUGGAUUUGUCGGUCAAUCUGAUUGAAUUCGUCGCCAAUGACAGCUUCGAGGCCCUGCGCGAGCUGCGGUCACUUCAACUGGAUGGCAACGUGCUGACAGAACUGGAUCUUGGUGCGUUCAAUGGGCUGAAUGCACUGAAACACAUCCAUAUGGCGGACAAUAAUUUGACGCUCAUCCCGACGACUCAGCUUUCAAAACUGUACAACCUGACGACGCUCUCGUUGAGUGGGAACUCGUUCAUCCAACUUCCGGCGGUAUCCUUUCUGAACUUGUUCCACCUGCGGGAACUACACCUGAACCGUCUGGAUCGGCUGGAGCGAAUCGAUGCUAGGGCCUUCGUGGACAACACCUACCUGCAGAUCCUGACACUGGAUGACAAUCCAUCGUUCACCGAACUGCCACUGCGAUUGUUCCAUGGAAAUCCCCAUUUGAUUGAUAUUUCGAUCCGUCGGAAUGCGCUGACAACGCUGGAUGCGGCUCAGUUUCCCUUGGACAGACUGCAGCGUCUUAAGCUGGCCGGUAAUCCUUUGGUUUGUAACUGUUCGAUCCGCUGGUUGUGGCGUCUGGUCACCGGAACGAUGGACGAGGAUGAUAGCGAUGGGAUCGCGAUGGUCGGCCGAAGCGGAGAUAGUUUGGCCAACAUCACCACGGUGCUUAUGAUCGAUAAGGAUGAGAUCGGAUGCGACUCAAACGAGGAUGGACUGAUUACGAGACGGAUUCUCCGAAACAUGACUGAAGGAGACAUCAAUUGUCCUGCCCAUCUUGUUACAGUGAUUAGUGUGAUAGGUAGUGUAAUAGUAGUGCUCUUGGUUAUGUUUAUUGUCAUGUUCUACCGAAGAAGGACAACCGAGCGAAAGAAAAUUUUACAGGAAAGAAAAAACGUUCACGAACGAAUCGUUCCUCAGAAAGUGGAUAAACUUGAGCUGGAGCGUUACCUGGCCCAGCAGGUUCUAGCGAACGAUUAUCGAGAGCUGAGACCGUGUGAUGUUUCGAUGCGUUACGAUACCAAGUGUUCCACUCAACCCUUGCACGCUUCAGAUCCGGAAGAAUCCGACCACUACGAGAACAUUGAUUACCUCCAGCACCAGCGAGCUUUGAACCAUCAUCACAAUCAUCCGUACCACCAGAACCAGCACCCCCAUCCCUACCAUCAGACCCAGUUACCGACCGGUCCGGUCAGCAUGACCCUCCAACAUCCAGAUCAUUAUCCUCUGAAAAAUCCCCUUCCGACGGCCCCAACAGCAACCAACAACACCCUCCCAGUUCCGCCUCAGCAACGGAGUUCCUCGUCCUCCGGUCAUGCAUAUUCCCCGAACUUCUUCAUCUAUGUGCUGUAUUCCCACUUUAUCAUUCUACUGCUGAUAUUAUGAUGAAUUACAGCAUCAACGAAAAUGUGCUCAAUGUGCUGUGCAAAAGCCCCGGUAGGUGCAAGUUUUGUUUGUUAGAUGAAAUCGUUUCGCUCUCGAAAUAGGAAAAAAGAAAAAUAACAACAGUAAACCUAAAUGCUCCUGUUAUGUUAUCACCGUCGACGACUUUCCGAAAGACAAAAAAAAACAAAAAUUACACGACACACACCAACAAAGCUACAUACAAUCACUCGUAGAUGGAGAAAACAUUUAUUUCAUAUUCAUUGCUAGCAGAAGGUAAUCAAAAGACAAUUUAUUCAUUACACAUUUACUGAAAGAAAUCGAUGAAAUACAAACGAUAGCAAUUAAACAAAAGAAGGAUAUAAUCUAUUUUGUACAGCUAUUUUCAUAUUUGUAAGUUCACACUUUAAUCUAAUUGUAUAUUAUGAAGCAAUAUUCCCUUAAAACUAGUGCAUUCAACCUUUCAGUUCGUAAACAAUUGUUUUGUUGAAAGAUCCCAUCCCUUCUGAUUGCCAUACUAGAUCGUUAGGAAUGUACUUUUCGUUAAAAUAAAUGUUAAAUUUAGUUAAUAAGUUUGAUCCAUCCGUACUUAGAAGGCAAAAAAAAAUUCUGUGAAAAAAUUUGGCACAACUAAUUUCGUACCCGUACUCGCAUGAUUACUGCAAAAUGAAUGACAUUUAACACAUUGAACAAGCGACAUUUAAAAUAUGGAAUUUAUUUAAUCCCACACUCACCACACAUUAUGCGUAACGAGGAAAAGACAUGUGAAGGCAUAUAAUAAACGAAACAAACAAAAAGCAAAAAAAAAAUGAAUGAGGAAUUAACUACAGCAUAUUCUACUCAUCCCGAAUGCUUGAUCGCGCUCCUUUUUGACUACAUCUAACAGUUAUACAUUUGCGAUAUUUAGUAGGUAUAUAUGAUAUAUUUAUGAAGAUAAUAACUUUUUUCAUGAAAUGUGACAAGUAAAUGCAAUAAAAUCGAAACAAAACAUACGGAAUUCAUACCAGACACUCACUCUGUUCGAAAAUAAGUUGUUAUAAGACUGAAAAACUAUUGCGCAAAAUAAAGGAUUGAAUGGUCUUGAC